AUGUCUUCAGCUACAAUGAGAUCAAAGGGGGGACGGAGGGACGGCUAUCAAUCUUUUAACCCAAAUUCGAAUCAAAGUCAUAACAAUCGAAGCUCUAAAAACAAAUGGAAUACCAAUUCACAACAUCUCGUUAAUAACACACCGAGAAAUCAACAAAUCCCUCCAACUACUCAACCGUCUUCUAAUCAUCAUAACAAUACACCAUCUUCCGGCUCAAACUCCCUUAAAACUAUCGAACAACAAGUUGUUCACGACGAGGUUGCUGCAAAACAUAUGCAUGAUCGUAUUUUGUUUUUGCUAGCGAAUUUUGUGGGUAUUAAUGUUAUAGUUACUGUCAAAAGUGGAAUAAAAUAUCAAGGUCUUUUAUCCCGUGCUUGCACUGAAAGUGAAUUGGGUGUUGUCUUGAAAUGUGCUCGAAAAGUCCUUUCUAAACAAGAUGAAAAGGCCAUACCUAAUGGUAUAAAUGAAUUUAUUAUACUUGCUAAAGAUUUGAUGGAAAUUUACGCAACCGGCGUAGAUUUUUCUUUAUCUGAAAAAACUUCGAGCGAACGUGAAGGAUUUAGAAUUGAUGCUGAUAUUAGUGGUCGGACUGAUAUUCGGGAACGUGAACUUCAUAAAUGGACACCAGAUGAAUCGGGAGAGGCUAUGAAGGAGUCUGCUAACGCAAGUUGGGAUCAGUUUGCUGUUAAUGAACAAUUAUUCGGUUUAACAACCGAUUAUAACGAAGAAAUCUAUACAACAAAAUUGGAUAGAUCAAAAGCGGAUUAUAAGGAACGAGAAAGAAAAGCCAUCAAUCUAGCUAAUGAAAUAACUCGGGAAUCAACGACAAAUGUUCAUAUGCUUGAAGAACGUGGUCAUAUUGUCGAAGAUCAAAUGGAUGAAGAAGAAAGAUAUGGCGCAGUUGUACGUAAUAGGGAUCCAAGUAAAUACACGCCACCACACUUACGAAAACAACAAGAACAACCAAUACAACCAAAUGGUGUGGCAUCAGCCGUAAAAAAAGUAGAACAAAAUAACGAAGUUGCUAAAGAUACCAAAGUUAAACCUCCAGAAGAUCCAAAGCCUAAAACAAAACCUGCACAACCUACCACAAUUCCUGCCUCUCCCACAUCUUCCAUACCAAAAAGUACAUCAUCUUUAUCUAAUUACAGAAUUCCUGAACACGUGAUGGCUUCACUUCAGUUUCCGAGGAAAAUCGGGUCUGAAGCCGAAGGAAAACCUAUCGAAGCACAAAUUGUAAAAACAUUUCGUCAAUUUGCUACAAACGAAAAAGAACGCCUUCAACAAAGAAAACAAGCUAUUUUCAAAAAGGAAAUGGAUGGCAAAAUGGCCGAAUUACUUAAGUGGGAGUUUGUAAAACCAUCAAUUAAGAUUGAAGAAGUUCAAUUACAAAAAUCAAAUGGGGAGUCAAAGACAAAUUCAGAAAAAGUUAUAUCAGAAAAACCUACCUCAGCAGCUGAUAAAGCUCCACCACAAUUUCCUUCUAACAGAGCUCCCGUAACAACACAAACAAACACACAAUAUAAGCUAAACGUUAAAGCACCCGAAUGGAAACCUAAUCCUAAUGCGGCAAGCUUUACGCCGACUCCUAAUUCCAGCACUGGGGAUAAAAGAUCUCCUGGUUCGUCCCCAUUUUUUGGUAAUCGUCAGUUAAAAAAAAAUUUUUUGUCACUCAAGGAUGGUUUUAGUCCGUUCCAGAAGAGCAAGUCUUUACCUAAUCCUAGUACAAUCCCUCCUACGUGGCCUUUUGGUCAAAGACCUUUUAGGCAUCAUUUUUCAGUUACCAACAACUAUGAAGAAGAUAUCUACUCACAAGCAGCUGCAAAUCAAAGUUUUGGCUUCGCUGCUUACCCCGUAGCUGCCCCUUAUCGAUAUCCUUCUGGUCAAUUUGUUGGUGUUCCACCUAUGCCCUUGCAACAAGCGACACCCAUGCCAUAUUUGCCGCAAGGUUUUGUUCCAGGUAUUCCUUUCACUGCAGCAGCACCAUUGCCACCGACUGGCGCUCCACCUACGAUUUAUAGUCCGCAGAUUUCAUCAAUGAUUCCACAACAUUUUGGUUCACAGGGAUUUCAAUCUCCUGGACGUACCCCGAUCGUUCCUGCUGGUAUACAUCCCCAAAUUUACCAACCAUAUCAAAAUCAGCAUGGUAUUCCUAUGAUGCGAUACCCACAUGAUAUGCGUUCAACCUGA